GGGAUAUUUGAAAUGUUUGGAGAGGGAUGGAGGAAAAGCACAUGAGCUUUCUAGGCAAUGGAAAAUGGCUCAGAUUGUGCAAUAGCUUGCUGACGAAACAGUUGAAUCAACAAAAAGAAUACUUGAGGAACCUAAUUACAAUGCUGGAAAAGGAAAUAUGAGUUCGUUAGCCUUCAGAAAAAUGUCAAAUCUUGUUUCCUAUUAAGGGGCAGCAAUGGCUUGUCGGACUUUUCUCCUUUUAAUUUUCCUGCAAAAGACUUCGAUAAUCUUGCUCGUAGUCUUCGGAAACAUGCAGUUACUGAUUUUCCUGCAUCUACCUCCCUUAUUCCCAAAUUUUCCUUCUAUGACGUGAGCUCUUCAAACGGACGAAAAGAUAUGAGGCCUGCUGAUCAUUGUCCCCAUAAUGUUAAUUCUUCUUUCACACCGACCAAAACAAUUGAAGAUGAAUGGUCCGUGAAACCAUUGAAGAAAGAUGAUGUCGAUAUCUUGGAAAGUAUUGUACAGAUCAAAGAAGCCGAGGCAUGAAUGAUUCAGAGUCUUGCAAAUGAUGCACUAGGAGAGGUAGGGAGUUUGAGGCAUCUGACUCGGCCGAAGAGCGAGAUACUGGAAGAAGAGAGUUCCGAAUGACCCUCCAAACUGUGCUUGCUGGAAACUGAGAAAAGGAGUUGAAAAAAGUUGGAAGAGCUCAAGACUUUGGAGAAUUUACAUUGCGAUUACAACGAGAUGAAAAUGCAAUUGCAUAUGGAAAUUUCAGGCUUGUUAAGUAGAAAGGAAGCAGCCAAACAGCCAUUGAUAUAAUGGUUAGUGGUCAGUCAGAUGCUUUGAGGGGAAGAGGUUCGGGAUAUUUGAAACGUUAUGGAGGAAAUGCACAUAAGCUUACUAGGCAAGAGAAUUGCGGAAAAGGAGCUAUUCAAUCAGUUCAUAGCAGGUUUAGGCCAAUUGGUGACGGUGGUGUUGCGUUGUCAAACCAUGUUGGUGGAACAUGGUUUGACAGUCGAGUGGUCAAUAAGGAAACAUGUAGUGAUCGUAUUCAUAGGACUACAAGCUCGGAUAACAAUUCAAUUUUCCUAUCCAACUUGUCUGCGAGACCUAGAGUUGUUGAUGGUCUGUCAAGGGAUUCAAGGAAAAGAGGCUCGGGAUAUUUGAAACGUUUGGAGAAAAGAGAUGGAGGAAGAGCAUAUGAGCUUUCUAGGCAACAGAAAAUACUUAGAAGAAUAGUGUCAGAGCCUAUUCCUCUUAUGGCUCAGAUUAUGCAACAGCUUGAUGACGAAACAGUUGAAUCAACAAAAGAAUACUUGAGGAACCUAAUAACAAUGCCGGAAAGGAUAUAUGAGUUUGUUAGCCUUCAGAACAGACUUGAUGAGAGAUCUGAUCUUACCAAUCAGACUCUCUUGAACUGCCAUAGGAUCCAACUAGAAUUUUUGGUUUCAAUAAGAACAGGUCUUGGAAGCUUCUUAUCGGAAAACACCCGCCUUCUAACAUCAGAAUUGGUUGAAAUUUUCUUACUUGAAAGGUGUCAAAACAUUAAUUGCAGGAGGCUUUUGCCUAUUGAGGAUCACGGUUGCAAUAUUUGUUCAAUGAAAAAGGGAUUCUGCAGCGAAUGCAUGUGUCUUGUGUGUCUGAAAUUCGACUGUGCCAAUAAUACUUGCAGUUGGGUAGGGUGUGAUGCAUGCUUGCAUUGGUGUCAUGCUGUUUGUGGUAUUCGUCGAAAUCUUAUAAAGCCAGGUCCAAGUCUCAAAGGACCUUCCGGGACAACCGAGAUGCAAUUUUACUGUCUGGGAUGUGGUCAUGCCUCGGAAAUGUUUGGCUUCGUUAAGGACGUGUUCAUGUCUUGUGCGAAGGAAUGGGGUGAGGAAACCCUGAUGAAAGAGCUUGAUUAUGUUCGGAAAAUCUUCCAAGGGAGUGAAGAUUUUAAAGGCAAGGAGUUACAUGAAAAGACAGAUGUCUUGCAUACAAAGCUAGUUACAAAGACGAUUUCUCCUUCAGACGCCUGCGAUUUUAUAUUUCAGUUUUUCAGCGGCAGCAACGAAUUGCCAAACUUAAGUAAUCUAGCUAUUCUUGGAAAGCUCGUAGUUACUGAUUUUCCUGCCUCUACCUUCCUUAUUCCCAAUUCCUCAUUCUAUGACAUGAACUUUUCAAGCGGACAAAAAGAUAUGAGGCCUUUUGAUCCUUUUAUAAAUGAUUUUAAUGCUUCUUUCACAGCUAUCAAAACAAUUGAAGAUGAACCGUCAAUGAAACGAUCGAAGAAAGAUGAGGUUGAUAGCUUGGGAAGCAUUGUACGCAUCAAAGAAGCAGAGGCACAACUGUUUCAGAGUCGUGCAGCUGAUGCACGAGGAGAGGCAGUGAGUUUAAGGCGGUUGGCUCGACUGGAGAAUAAGAAAUUGAACGAAAUGUAUUAUGAAAAACUCUCCAAAUUGUGCUUGCAGGAAACGGAGGAAAGGAGGAGGAAAAAAUUGGAAGAGCUUAAAACCUUGGAGAAUGCUCAUUCCGGUUAUUGUGAGAUGAAGAUGAAAUUGGAUACGGAGGUUGCAUGCUUAUUAAACAAAAUGGAAGCCGCCAAACAGCUAUUGUCAUACUUCUAUAAACUCUUGAACGAAGAGAGGGACAUUGACAUUGUGCUAGGGAUUUGGAGCACUCAGAGAAGCGUCACAAUUAUUGGUAUUGUAGAUGUAUAAAUGUUGAGGAGGGUGCUUUUCAUAGGAUGCGUAUGGCUAGAACGAUCUGGCCAACGAGAUCCCAGUGGAAUUUUGGAAGAGCACAGGCUGGGCAGGUAUGGUGCGGUUGUCUAAGUUGUUUUCAAGAUGGCGAGGGUGCCCGAUGCAUGGAGUACAAUGAUUCCGUUGUUCAAGAACAAGGGUGACAUUUGGAAUUUUAACAACUAUAGGGGUAACAAGCUGUUAAACCACAC